AUGAUUUUCGGUAGAGCUACAACAAGGUACGCAUUCCCCAAAUUUCUUUCUCAUUCGCCAAAUCCUAAGAGCAUUGGAGAGGCUAUCUCUUCAUUUAAUAGCUUGCUUCAUAUGAAUCCCCAACCCUCUAUAGUUCGUAUUAAUAAGAUUUUGGGUUCUGUCGUAAAGAUGAAACAUCAGCGAACUGCUAUCUCCCUUUUCGCCCAAGCAGAAUGCAAGGGAUUCUCGCCAUGUUUGGUUACUCUAAACAUCUUGAUCAAUUGUCACUGCCAUUUGGGUAACAUGCCUUCUGCUUUCUCUAUUCUAGGGAGGAUUCUCAAGAUGGGCUGUCAGCCAGAUAUAAUAACUUUAAAUACUCUGUUGAAAGGUCUCUGCAUUAGUAAUAACGUUAGAGAAGCCCUUGUCUUUCACAAUGACAUAUUGACCAAAGGAUUUCAGUUAGAUGAGGUAAGCUAUGGCAUCCUGAUUAAUGGCUUCUGUAAAAUUGGAAAAACGUCUGCUGCUCUUGAAAUGCUUCGAAAGAUGGAGAGAGGGUUGGUUAAGCCUGAUUUAAUUAUCUACAACACAGUCAUAGAUGGUCUUUGUAAAGAAGGGCUUGCAAUUGAGGCAAAAAAAUUAUACCAUGAAAUGACUGAUAGGGGAAUAUCUCCUAAUAUUGUUACCCACAAUUCCCUAAUACAUGGUUUCUGUUGCAUGGAUCAAUUGCUAGAAGCCACAUGGUUGCUAAAUAAAAUGGUGCUAGAAGGCAUCAGGCCUAGUAUUUAUACCUUCAAUAUAUUGGUAGAUGCAUUUUGUAAAAAUGAGAGUGCAACAAAAGCUGAGGCAAUUGUUGGUAUGAUGAUGAAAUGUGGUACAAAGCCUGAUGUAAUUACUUACAAUGCCUUAAUGGAUGGGUACUGUAUGAUGAAUCAUGUUAAUGAGUCAAAGAAAGUUCUUAAUAGAAUGAUCAAAAGUGAUUUGACACCUGAUGUCUUUAGUUACAAUAUCUUGAUUAAUGGGUUGUGCAAAAUCAAAAGGAUUGGUGAAGCCAUGGAUCUUUUUCAAGAAAUGCGAUGCAAAAGUUUGGUUCCCAAUGUUGUCACCUAUAGUUCUCUUAUUGAUGGCCUGUUCAAAUCAGGGAAGAUUUCAACGGUGCAGGAGCUUAUUUAUGAGAUGCAUGAUAAUGGUCAUCUACCAGAUAUAAUAACCUACAAUAUCUUGUUGGAUGGAUUGUGCAAGAGCCAGCAUCUUGAUGAAGCAAUUAUGCUAUUCAAUAAAAUUGGUGGUUUAGGAAUACGGCCAAAUACAUACACAUAUACCAUACUUAUUGAUGGUUUGUGCAAGGGUGGUAGAUUAAAUACUGCUCAACAAAUUUUUCAGUAUCUUUUGGUUAAUGGCCAUCCUCUAGAUGUCCAAGCAUAUAGUGCUAUGAUUAAUGGAUUUUGUAAAGAGGGCUUGUUUGAUGAGGCAAAGGCAUUGUUUUUUCAAAUGGGAGAGAAUGGAUGCCUUCCAAAUUUUGUAACCUUUGAAACAAUCAUUGGAACUCUUUUGGAGAAAGGUGAGAAUGAUAAGGCGGAGAAUGUUCUUGAUGAAAUGUUUGCUAGGGGUCUCUUAAAGACGAUCAAAGAAGGUUAGAUCCUUGUGCCCAUGUGGAAAUUUGUUGUAAUAUUCAACCAAUGUAAUGUCUGACAGCAAUUGAAGUAAAGUCAAUUGCACUGACCUCCCCGCACUUCUGUACAGAAAUAUCAAAAUCCAUCUCUCUCUGCUUUUGUUUUUGUUUUUUUUUGUUGGGUGUCAGCCAUGGAUGUUAUUGGA